AUGUCGUCACUCGCGCGCGCGUCGCUCUACCGUUUGUCGCUACGGAGGCCGAGAAGCAAAGAAAUGUUGUCACGAGCGGUGAGGGUGCGAUUUCGGGCUCCGCUGGACCGGGGCCGAAGCUUUGUUUCCAAAGCGGGUCCACAGGGAAAGGUCCAGGCGGCGGGGCCGGGGACCCAGGCUCCACGUCUCGUCCCGCAGGGCACCGGUCGCGUGUCCGCCGCGGUAAUCGAGCAUCUGGAGCGGCUGGCGCUGGUGAACUUCGGCAGCCGCGAGGCGGUGGACCGGCUAGAGAAAGCCAUCGCCUUUGCCGAUCAGCUACACGCCGUGGACACCGACGGGGUGGAGCCCCUGGAGUCGGUACUGGAAGACAGAUGUCUCUACUUGAGAUCUGACAAUGUAGCAGAAGGCAGCUGUGCAGAGGAGUUACUGCAAAAUUCAAGUCGAGUUGUGGAGGAAUACUUUGUGGCUCCCCCAGGUAAUGUUUCUUUGCCAGACAUGGUAAACAAGACCCCUUCCUCCACAGCAGAGUAGCUAUUCUGGAAGAGGGGCACCCGUCAACAUGGUGGACUCACGGUCAUUUGCUACUGUGAAUUCUAGUAUAAACCAGAUGUUUAUGAUUUCUCAGUAAUUGAUCCGAAGGUAGAACUGGAAAACCACAAGCCUGCUUCCAAGGAAAUGAAUCAAAUACUCAGGCCUGUUCUGAAUGGAACAUAUCUUCCUCCCUCAUCUAUCCCUAAAAAACACUACCAUGUCAAAAUCUACCCAUGUGGACUUUCCUGUUUAUGGAAGAGAGAUGGCCUGGGCUGUCUUUUCCCACUGGCCUGGAAAAGCACAGCACCAUCUGUUUCUGGGUACCAACCUUAUUCCUGCCAGAGGGCUCGUUUUAUGUUUAGGUUUGUGUAUUAUCAAAGUAAACUACAGCCUGGGAACUCCUAA